GGAUGUGUGGAGGAUGACCGUUGAUAGAUCCGGAAAACAAACGAACCCACGGAGAGAUAGAAAUUCAGGGGCGAAGCGUCGAUAACUCUCAAGCUUAAUUCUCUCGCUCAGUCAGUCUUCCAAUGGCGGCGACUCAAGUUUCUUCGUCUCUCUACUCCUCCGUCCAUGGUGUUUGCGCGUGGAGAUCGGCAAGAAGAAACCCUAUCGCCAUUGUUGGGCAUAAUCAGCUUGGAGCCGCACAAACUCGAAUUCGGACUGCCUUCGCCACCGGUUCUCCUCUCUUGAAAGGCAGUAAUACUCAUCAGAGGAAGUUUGCAUGCAAAACAGCAUCAGUUUCCAUAAGGUGUGAGCAGAGUACCAAGGAGGAAAACAAUUUGGAUGUAUGGCUAGGCCGACUAGCAAUGGUUGGCUUUGCGGUGGCUAUUAGUGUUGAAAUAGCAACUGGGAAGGGACUCCUGGAGAACUUCGGGCUCACAAGCCCCUUGCCGACAGUGGCCUUGGCAGUUACAGCUCUGGUGGGCGUGUUGACGGCAGUAUUUAUCUUUCAAUCAGCCUCUAAGAAUUAAUGACUGAAGUUGUCACUAGGCGCCACUGGAGCUUCAGGAAGAUUACAGCACGGACAUCUCUGUUUAUGUGCAUAAUUGCCUCAUCACAACAAAAUUGAUGACAAUUGAGAAUGCACAAGUGACAUGAAUUAUAAACAUUUUGUUUCCUGUACUCGCAUGCUGCUGCGGGCUCAUCUCUGUUGGAGAUCAUUUGUUAACAUUGUAAUUUUAUGAUGCUUAAGUGCUCAACUUGCAAAUUUUACA